AUGAGCCGGAAGCAAUUAUCCCCGUGGAAUAGCGUGGUGUCGGGCACGACGGCUGCUGUGCUGGCCAACGUCCUCGUAUACCCCCUGGACAUAGUAAAAACCCGCUUGCAAGUGCAGGUGCAACGACAAAAGGACAGUUCAAAUAAUGGCACAGAUACCGACUCUGCUGCCCAUGAUGUCUACUAUGACAACGCGCUGGACGCAAUCCUCCAGAUCGUCCGAGAGGAGGGCAUCGCCGGGUUAUACAGUGGGCUAGGAAGCUCGAUUACCGGCACUGCAUCCAUGAAUUUCGCCUAUUUCUACUGGUCGGCUGCAGCCCGGACCUUGCACCAGUCCACCGUCCAGUCCUUCGGUCUGUCGGACUCGAACAGUAUCGUCAAGGAGUUUGGCCUUGGAGCUGUAGGAGGAGCAAUGGCCCAGCUGUGCACAAACCCGAUCGCUGUCGUUUCCACGCGGCAGCAGACUCGCAAAUCCCAUGAAAAAAAGAUAAGCUUCUGGGAGACAGUCAAACAGAUAAUCGACAGCGAUGAUGGAUGGACUGGGCUGUGGAGAGGAUUCAAAGUCAACCUCAUCCUCGUGGUGAAUCCAAUGAUCACAUAUGGCUUCUACCAGUGGUUAAGAGGGAGAUUGUUGACUUUCAGGAAGAACAUUGGCGCGCUUGAGGCGUUUUUACUCGGGGCGUGCUCCAAAGUGCUGGCCACACUCGUCACUCAUCCGCUCAUCGUCGCCAAAACGAUGCUUCAAUCUGACCCCCCUGAGAGUCGCAAAGGCAAGCCGUUCACCGGGUUUACAGAAGUCCUGCGAUAUAUUAUCAGCAACGAAGGGAUAUUGCGUCUCUACAAGGGGCUUUCGCCGCAGAUCAUCAAAGGCUUCUUAGUCCAGGGUUUGAUGAUGCUGCUGAAGGAAAGAACUGAAAUUCUCCUCAUGAUGGCUAUUUCCAUGCACAGGAGGCGGAUGGUGCGCCAGUCGAAGAAAUAA